UAGUCCCGCCAAUAUCCUCAACAACACUACAAAAUCCAAAAAAUCUUCAUCGUCCUUCCCAAACUCUUCACAUCUCUACAAACAAAAAAUGGGGUUCUUGAUGUACAUCAUCUUUGCUCUGAUCUUCGGCGCUGCUGGAUUUGCCUUAAGCGAGUUUCUGAACAAGAAGAAAGCUGCGGGUGGAGCAGGAGCUGGACCGGAUGCGGGAUCUGGACCGAGCCCAGCGAAGGGUGCUAAGGGAGGCAAAGGAGGCAAGUCCGCUAAGACGCGCUCAGCGGAGACCGCAGCAAGUCUCGGCAGCAAGAAGGGAAAGAAGAAAUGAAGGAAAGAAUUGUAAGAAGAUUGUGAUAAUAUAUUGUAUUGUAAGGAUUUUUUGGAUGAAUAAUUAAUUGC